GCCUUAGAUAAAUACCUUAACAUAUCUCUAACAGAGCUGUAGCUGCUCUUGGUAGUGUCACCCCAACCCCCUUUGUUUGAGCGUCACACUGUUGCCAUGGUAAUCUUUCUGAAAGGUUCUGAUUACUUGACUCUCCUCCCCUCACUUUCCUUCUUCUCCUUCCCCCCUCACUUCUCUCCCCUUACCUCCCUCCCCCUCUCUCUCCUCCCCUCAGUGCCCCAUGUAAAACCCUUAAAAGGCCUCUAGCCUUUGUCUGUCUGAUAAGACCUCCUGGAUGGAUCUUUUCCUUGCCAGCCUUAUUUCCUGCCUUGCCUCCUCCUAUUUUAUUCUCCAUCAUAAUUUUUAGAAUUUGUGGAUCCCUGAGCCGCUAUACCGAAAUUACAUUGAACUGAACCUGCCAGCAAGAAUUCAACAGCCACAAUGAUGCUGAGUACAGAAGGCAGGGAGGGGUUCGUGGUGAAGGUCAGGGGCCUGCCCUGGUCCUGCUCAGCUGAUGAAGUGAUGCGCUUCUUCUCUGAUUGUAAAAUCCAAAACGGCACAUCAGGUAUUCGUUUCAUCUACACCAGAGAAGGCAGACCAAGUGGUGAAGCAUUUGUUGAACUUGAGUCUGAAGAUGAAGUGAAAUUGGCUCUGAAGAAGGACAGAGAAACCAUGGGACACAGAUAUGUUGAAGUAUUCAAGUCCAACAGUGUUGAAAUGGAUUGGGUGUUGAAGCACACAGGUCCGAAUAGUCCUGAUACUGCCAAUGAUGGCUUCGUCCGGCUUAGAGGACUCCCAUUUGGCUGUAGCAAGGAAGAGAUUGUUCAGUUCUUUUCAGGGUUGGAAAUUGUGCCAAAUGGGAUGACACUGCCGGUGGACUUUCAGGGGCGGAGCACAGGGGAGGCCUUUGUGCAAUUUGCUUCGCAGGAGAUAGCUGAAAAGGCCUUAAAGAAACACAAGGAAAGAAUAGGGCACCGGUACAUUGAAAUCUUCAAGAGUAGCAGAGCUGAAGUCCGAACCCAUUAUGACCCCCCUCGAAAGCUCAUGGCUAUGCAGCGGCCAGGUCCCUAUGAUAGGCCAGGGGCUGGCAGAGGGUAUAAUAGCAUUGGCAGAGGGGCUGGUUUUGAAAGGAUGAGGAGGGGUGCCUAUGGUGGAGGGUAUGGAGGCUAUGACGACUAUGGUGGCUAUAAUGAUGGAUAUGGCUUUGGAUCUGAUAGAUUUGGAAGAGACCUCAAUUACUGUUUUUCAGGAAUGUCUGAUCAUAGAUAUGGAGAUGGUGGGUCCAGUUUUCAGAGCACCACAGGGCACUGUGUACACAUGAGGGGAUUACCUUACAGAGCCACUGAGAAUGAUAUUUACAAUUUCUUCUCACCUCUUAAUCCCAUGAGAGUACACAUUGAAAUCGGACCUGAUGGCAGAGUUACUGGUGAGGCAGAUGUUGAAUUUGCUACUCAUGAAGAUGCUGUGGCAGCUAUGGCAAAAGACAAAGCUAACAUGCAACACAGAUACGUGGAGCUCUUCUUGAAUUCUACCGCAGGCACAAGUGGGGGAGCCUAUGAUCACAGCUACGUAGAACUCUUUUUGAAUUCUACAGCCGGGGCAAGUGGUGGAGCUUAUGGUAGCCAAAUGAUGGGAGGCAUGGGCAUAUCCAACCAGUCUAGUUAUGGAGGUCCUGCCAGUCAGCAGCUGAGUGGUGGUUACGGAGGUGGAUAUGGUGGUCAGAGUAGUAUGAGUGGAUAUGACCAAGUUCUGCAGGAAAACUCCAGUGACUAUCAAUCAAACCUCGCUUAGGCAGAGAAGGAGUACCAAACAACAACAGAAAUAACAGCUGUGCAUCUAUGGGCGUUAACUAGAACAGGAAUGGUGUCAGGCAUAUCCAGUAUGAUUGGUACAUGGGAAUUAUCAUUGAUUCUGAUCACUCUUGGUCAGCUAGCUUCCUUUUCUUUUUCCUUUCAUUCCUUUGUUUCUCCUCCCCUCUCUCCUACCCUCCCUCCCUCUUUCUUUCUUUGUUUCUUUUUCUCUCUUUUUUUUUAAGAAACAAAAAUUAAGUUUAACAGUUUUGCAUUACAGGCUUGUAAUUCAUGCUUACUGUAAAGUGGAAAUCAGGAUUGUUUUAAAACUUCAAGCUCAAUAAUUUUGAACACUGAAACAUUCACCUAGGAUGUAAUAACAAAGUUCAGUAUUGACCAUAACUGUUAAAACAACUUUCAGCUUUCUUCAAGUUAGUUAUGUUGUAGGAGUGUACUUAAGCAGUAAGCCUAUUUAGGUUAAAGCAGUUUCACUUAUGUUAAAUGUUGCUCUUAUACCAUGAUACAUUGAAAACUUUGGAUGCAUGUUGAGAAACAUGCUUUUCUGUAAAACUCAAAUAUAGGAGCUAUGUCUACGAUUUCAAGUGAAAACAUUUGGCAUGUUUGUUAAUUCUAGCUUUUUGGUUUAAUAUCCUGUAAGGCACGUGAGUGUACACUUUCACUUUUUUUUUUAAAAAGCUCUGGGACAAUUUUGAGAUGUAAUACCAAUACUUUAGGAGUUUGGUCAUGUCGUUUGUAUGAAAUUCUGAGGCUUUGAUUUAAAUCUUUCCUUGUAUUGUGAUUUCCAUUAGAUGUAUUGUACUAAGUGAAACUUGUUAAAUAAAUCUUCCUUUUAAAAACUGGAAAAA